CUGUAUCAUGCCAUGCUGUGUUAUUCAUUCAAAAGAGAAAAAAACGAGAUGCUGGUGAAGGAACGACCGUUUAUAGCUGCUAUAACAUAAGUAAUAACAGAAAUGAACUUGUCUCCUGGAUGUUCCACCAGAUUAAAUGUAACUAUAAUUGAAUAGAUAAAAGCAUGUAUCAUUCAAUUACUGUGGUAUAAGAGAAACAUAACACUUUGAGACGUGCUAGAAAUUAAUCAACGUCUGGGUUGAAACAGCAUCACAGUUUGUUUUUCUUUUUUAAUCGAUCAAUGCAGUGUUUUAUAUCUUACACAAUACCAAGUCAUUUAAAUAUAGAUAAUAUGUAUGGAAACCUACGUUUCACAACAUACUGUGCAAUGAUAGUAACGAUUCCGUAAUUUUAAAGCAGUGUGUAGACUGCCGAGGUUUAGAACAGAGGUGGGAGGGUUUUGACACACCUGGCAACCCUGCACGCCUCUAAACUGCUCUGCUCUUCAUUCACACGGAGGAAAUAUCAAAGCAUAGGUCAGGCACAGCUAGACAUAUCUCCUAUUGGACUAGUAUUGCUGAAAUAUCUUCGUUGAUAUCAGAUGGAGAAACGGUUAAUAGCUAGCUAAAAAAUUAAACUGGCGUAAUGUUAAGUUGUACUGCUGUAGUAUACGCUAAUAGGUAGUUAUAAGGUGUGCGCUGUCUCUGCCUAAUAGUCUAAACUGUCAUUUAUCAGGACUAGAGCAGGUUAGCUAGCCGGCUAACUACCUGAGCUGUCUGCGUUGAUGUGUGCUCUCCGGCGUCUCGGAGCGGAGAUGUUUAGUGUUCAGUAGCUGCAUGUUGUUGUUUUUUUUUACAUUUUAAUUUGACUUGACGUCGACAUGGAGCUGUUUCAGGCGAAAGACCAUUACAUUCUCCAGAGUGGAGACAAGGCUCUGUGGUGCAGCAGGAAGGAUGGCUCCAUGUCUGUGAGACCCGCAACUGACCUGCUACUAGCUUGGAAUCCAGUAUGUUUGGGACUGGUGGAGGGCGUUAUUGGAAAGAUUCAACUUCAUGCUGACUUUCCUCUGGGCCUGAUUCUGAUCCGCCAGAAAGCACUCGUGGGCUUAUUGCCAGCAGAGCACAAGGUGUACAAGAUCACAAAAAUAACAGUUAUCCCACUCUCAGAAGAUGAACCACAGGAUCUGGAAUUAGAGCUUUGUAAGAAGCACCACUUUGGGAUCAACAAACCAGAGAAAAUUACCCAGUCUCCAGAUGAGUCUAAGUUUCUGUUGAAGACCCUGAGUCAAAUCAAGUCCAAUGUUGCUGUUCCCAGCAAGAAAAAGGUCAAAGAGAAUAAAGAAAAGGAGCGUCUGGAGAGGAGACUGCUUGAUGAGCUCUAUAAGAUAUUCAUGGACUCCGAUUCCUUUUACUACAGCCCCACUUAUGAUCUUACAAAUACUGUACAGAGACAGGGAGCCUCAGACAAGUCUGAUCUGCCCCUGUGGAAACGGGUUGAUGACAGAUUCUUCUGGAAUAAACACAUGAUACAGGACCUAAUUAACUUACAGGUUCCUGAGGUGGACUUUUGGGUGAACCCCAUAAUCCAAGGCUUUGUGCAGGUGGAGGAGCUGGUGGUGAACUACAACGAGAGCUCAGAUGAGGAAAAAAGCAGCCCAGAGACACCACUGCAGGAGCAGCACACCUGUGUGGACGACAUUCACCCACGCUUUACGGUGGCUCUCAUUUCCAGACGCAGCCGUCACCGUGCGGGCAUGCGCUACAAACGGAGAGGAGUGGACACUGAAGGACAUGUGGCCAACUAUGUGGAGACAGAGCAGCUAAUCCACGUGCAUAAUCACACGCUGUCAUUUGUACAGACACGAGGCUCUGUCCCUGUGUUUUGGAGCCAAGUUGGGUACCGCUACAAUCCCAGACCACGUCUAGAGAAAGGAGAGAAAGAAACCACUCCCUAUUUCGCUUUGCACUUUGAGGAGCAACUUAAAAUUUAUAAAAAACAGGUCAUAAUCAAUCUGGUGGACCAAAAUGGCCGUGAGAAGUUGAUUGGUGAUGCAUACCUUAAACAGGUGCUGCUUUUCAACAACCCCAAUUUAACCUACGUCUCAUUUGACUUCCAUGAGCACUGUCGAGGGAUGAAGUUUGAGAAUGUCCAGACGCUCACCGAUGCUAUCUCUGACAUCAUCACAGACAUGCGAUGGGGCUGGGUGGACCAAGCAGGAGUCAUCUGUACACAAGAGGGCAUUUUCCGGGUUAACUGCAUGGACUGCUUGGACAGGACUAAUGUAGUUCAAGCAGCUGUUGCCCGUGUUGUUAUGGAAAAGCAGUUGAAGAAACUGGGGGUGAUGCCCCCGGAACAGCCGCUGCCCCUCAAAUGUUACAGGAUCUACCAGGUGAUGUGGGCCAACAAUGGAGACACCAUCAGCCGCCAGUAUGCUGGCACAGCUGCUUUAAAGGGAGAUUUCACACGCACAGGAGAAAGGAAACUAGCUGGAGUGAUGAAAGACGGAGUGAACUCAGCCAAUCGCUACUAUUUGAACCGAUUCCGUGAUGCAUACAGACAGGCUGUCAUUGACCUCAUGAUGGGGCUCCCUGUUACUGAGGACCUGUAUUCUAUCUUCAGCAAAGAGAAAGAGCAUGAGGAGAAAGAGAAAGAGAGCCAGAGAGGAGCACAGGAACAGGUCAGCCUCCUUCUCCAGACAUACAUGCAGCUUCUGCUGCCAGAUGAUGAGAAGUUCCAUGGAGGCUGGGCACUCAUUGACUGUGACCCCAGUUUAUUGGCAAUGGCACAAAGUCUUAUUGAUGCAACACACAAAGACGUGGACGUUCUAUUACUGCUGUCCAACUGUGCAUAUUAUGUUGCUUACUAUGAUGAGGAGACCGAUAAAGUUCACCAGUACCAGCGUCUUGGUUUAGAAGGCUUGGAAAAAAUUGAAAUAGGCCCAGAGCCCACUCUCUUUGGCAAACCCAAAUACUCCUGCAUGCGACUGCAUUAUAAAAGUGGAGAAGUUAGUGGCUAUUUCCACACCUUGAGGGCUGUCACACGGAACCCAGAAGAUGAUGGAAAAGACACCCUGCAGUGUAUAGCAGAGAUGCUUCGUAUAACUAAACAAGCGAUGGGACUUGACCUGCUAGUCGUAGAGAAGAAAUUGGAAAGGAAGCACAGCAAACCUCAUGAAGACAUCCUGGGCAUACAGGGGAAAGCCACUGAGCCAAUACUUGGCUCAGGCUUGGCUCAGGGCAAAAGUUUCUUCUUGAACAAAUUCUCAUCCUUAAAUCAGAAAGUAAAGCAGACCAAAACUAAUGUAAACAUUGGAAAUUUCAAGCCCCUUGGCAGGCUCGAGAUGAAGGUCAACUUCCUAAAGCCCAAUAUGAGGGUGAACCUUUGGAAAUCAGACAGUAGUUUGGAGACUUCUGAUGGCAAUCCAGGCCCUGGAUCUAUGAAGGACCUUUGUAAUGACCGUUCAGAUCUAGAGAUCUCUGACGACUCUGACUCAUAUAACUCAGAUGAGCAGCCAUGCUCAGGUUCCCUGGAGAACAUCGACUAUGUGCUUCCCAGUUGUGGGAUUGUAGCAUCUGCACCUCGACUUGCCAGCCGGUCCCAGUCCAUCGGAAGUGUUGAACUCACUGUGCCCUCUGUUAUUCGUGUCACAAAUUGCGAGGACAAGAUAGGGGACAGCUUGUUAGUUGAACCAAACUCUGAGUCCCCUGGCACAGCCUCAGAAGCAGAGGAGGCCAUCUUGAUCGACUUUGGGACACCAAUCGAUGCUUACUGCCACCAGUUUAUCCAGGAUGCCCAGACCAAACCAGUAGAAGUGUUCGAAGAACGCCCGGGCUUGCCACCAAACCCACAAGCACCUGAGGGUCUCAGAGCCCCUCCGGCUUCAGGCUCAAAGGCAGAAACUUUAAACACCCAGCAGCCACAACUCCCUCGUCCAUCUCAGCUUGAUGUGGAAUCUUCAGUCUCAGGAGGAAAACUCCUCACCGUCCAGCCCCCAGGUUCGGCCGCAUCAUGUAGCUCCCAAAAGAGCCUUGGCUCCAUCUUAGAAGGGAGUCUGGGGCCUUCUCCGGCAGACAGUAAUGGAAGUCGUGUGGUGUCCCCCUUUGCUAAGAUUAAGAGCUCUGUGGUGCAAGUGGCUAGCAUGACCCAAGCCGGACUCACUCAAGGUAUCAAUUUUGCUGUGGCGAAAGUUCAAAAAAGUCCAGAGCCUGAGGCUGUCAAUGAAACGCAGCAGAAUGAAUUGCGAGCUAUGUUUACACAGUGCCAGACUAGGAUCAUUCAGAUAUAAUGUUUGUUUGGCCUCAUACAGAUGCAUUUUUAGUGUAGAAUGUGGCUUCUAGCACAGUAGCAGUAGCAUAAGUUUGCACACAAAAAGUGUACAGGCAGUUACUCCAUAUUUCUGCUCCAUUUAAUGUAACUUAUGUUUACAGCCAGUGUUGUGUAGUGUGUGUGUGUGUGUGUGUGUGUG